AUGGAGAAGCAGGAGUUUCAGCUGCAGCUUGCGGAUGCUCGGCUGGCAACCGGAAAGUUAGGUUUCGGACAGGCUUACGGGGCAAGUGGCUACGUUGGCUCGCGACUCCCUGAGGCAGGCGACAAGUUGAUGCUGAAGGACGAGAACGUCAAUUGCCGCAGGAUUGCGCUGGACGCGCUCAAGGAGAAGAACGGCUACAAGGAGCCUGCGCCGCCUUGCUUCGUCGUUGCACGCGCAACCGCCAUCGGGCAUCCGUGGCAGAAGCUUCCGAGCCCCGCUGAGCACAGGCACCUUGGCUUCCUGACGGAAGGGGAGGAGCUGGAGAAUCAGGAGCAUGAGGACCCAGGCUCGACUCGCGACUCGCGCAGUGCACGCGAAGCGGUGCUGUGUGAAGCGGUGAACUUCAGGGCAAGCCAGCACCGAGGCGAUUCUGGAGGUGGGAUCGGUGGGAUCUUUGCCGCGUCUUCCGACGGUUCUCCAGACUCGGGAGAGCAGGUGCAGCAAGAAGAGCUACCGCGACCACAUCGUGCAAGUGGGCCUGGCUGGCUGUAUCUCUAUGGAGAGGCACUUCUUCCCCGAGCUGCAGACGGCCGGAUGAUCCUCAAGAACGAGGACAUGGUGGCAGCGUACACGGCCCACUUCGGGCAAACUCCCACGCCAGAGCAGCUGCGGAAUUGGGUGAAGAACAGCCAUGGACAGGCGAUCUCUUACAAGGAGGCCAGGAACCUGAUAGCCUCCGCCAAGGAAGCGAAGAAGCAAGCGCUCUUACCCGAUCAUGGAGCGCGCCGCCUGGGUGCCCUCGACUCCGGUCUAGGUCUUCUAGACCUCAGAAAUGCGGAAGAUUUCGACGGUGGCCCGGUCUCACGGCAGAUCCUGGAUCUCAUCAUUCCUGGCAAGGGGAUUGAGAGUCUUCUUCAGCAAAGUUGCUGCUUGACGGGUCUUUCGGUUCGUUGGCGCCUCGUUUUUGCAUUCUCCCUGAAUGCCAUUUGGCUGCCUAUCUAUGUAAAUCUGCUCUUUGGUUGGGCGCUUUUGGUCAUCAUCCUUUACCUCGCAUUUUUCUUCUUGGUGUAUGUAGACCUGAACACCAUGACCGUGGAUUCGUUCGUUCAGUGGGUUGUUUAUGCCGCUGGCAUUGCAUGCAAUGCCAGCUGGGUUCUUGUGGCGACGGCUGCGAACAAAUUCACGUUUCUUGGGGAGCUUGGCUGGAAGGAUGUGUAUGGGGUCGCAGGAACCCCGGGAGCUGCAGUCCUGGUGGUUGCAUUUGUUGCUUCCAUCGCCAUCAUUGUCGCUUCCGUGCGUAGCGAUUUCGCAUGGUCCCUUGUUGCAGUCUGGGCCCUAGCAGGGCUUUACCGGCAGCAGACCGUCCCGGAUUCCUCGAGCUUCCCUCCCCAGGCCUUGAAUCCCACUUUGGCCAAGUGCGCCCUGUGGGCCGCCAUGGUGGUGGGACUGGCCACUUUCACCGGCUUGCUGAUGCUGCCCUUCAACGGCGCUUUCCGAUCGAAGAGGGGGAAAGCGCAGGACACCAAGGCUCCCCAAACGUACAGAAGGGUCUUGACCAUGAAAUUGGGGGAGGAGGCGGAGGAGGUGGAGGAGGAGGAGCAGGAGGAACAGGAGGAGCAGGAGGUGCCCAGUGAUGGAACGCCUUCGCGGCCCUCGCGCAGUUCCCGAAAGAGGCUGCCGCCAGCGGAAGCCGAGAUGGUUUCCCGAGCGCUGGACCAGCCGCGGCCAAAGCAAGAGCCAGAAAAAGUGGAGCCAGAGAUGAGUCUGCGUUCAGGUGGCCUGCAGCUCAGGCUCCAUUUCGGCACCAUCCGCUCCUUCGACGCGAACAAGGGCUUUGGCUUCAUAGACGCGGACGGCUUCAGUGAUGAUGUAUUCUUCUGGAAGAAGGAGUUGCGGGAGGCGACAGCUGAGCCGACGGGCACUCGUUUGGAUGAGGUCAUCGGGAAGCGGGUUGCGUUCCAGGUGAGGCAAAUGCCUGACGACAAAUUUCGUGCGCGGCAAGUCAGCAUCGUUCUGAAAGACCUGCCCAGCAGAGCAUCGUGCGUGAUUCGUACUCUGCCGAGGAGCACGCGAUGA